CUUAAUCUUACCACAAAACUCUCUUUCUGUAUAUAUAUCGACAAAGUUACCUAUAGAGAAUUGUGUCAGCUUCGCCAAACGCCAUAAAUCUUCUCUUUCCCUUUCCCUUUCCCUAAUCGUCGGCAUACCUAGAACCUUCCUCUCUCUCUCUCUCUCUCAAAUCAGCUAUAUAUAUUUAUUUGAUGGCUUCAGCCUCUCAAGCUAGCCUUCUCCUUCAAAAACAGCUCAAAGAUCUAUGCAAACACCCAGUGGAUGGAUUUUCAGCUGGUUUGCUGGAUGAACAAAACCUAUUUGAAUGGAGUGUUACCAUUAUUGGGCCUCCUGAUACUCUAUAUGAAGGGGGUUUUUUCAAUGCUAUAAUGAGCUUCCCCCAAAAUUACCCAAACAGUCCUCCAACAGUGAGAUUUACUUCUGAGAUGUGGCAUCCCAAUGUUUACCAAGAUGGGAAGGUUUGCAUCUCAAUUCUUCACCCCCCUGGUGAUGAUCCAAACGGUUACGAGCUUGCUAGUGAACGCUGGUCUCCUGUCCAUACGGUGGAAAGUAUAGUUCUAAGCAUUAUUUCGAUGCUUUCAAGUCCUAAUGACGAGUCUCCAGCAAAUGUGGAAGCGGCAAAAGAAUGGAGAGAACAAAGGGACGAAUUCAAGAAAAAAGUUAGUCGUUGUGUAAGACGAUCACAAGAAAUGUUGUAAACUUGUUCCUCAAUGCUGCUUCAAGUUAUUUUGCAAGAACACAAUGUUGAAUCCAAAAAAUGGUUUCCUUAUGAUUGCCCAUUUGGUUUUUUUCACGUCUUUUUGCUUGUUUCACUGCAGUUUCUGGUUUGUUGUACUUGAACCAUGUAAUCAACUAUUGACAUUCUUUAAUCUUUACCCUUUUAUCUAAGAUAUUGGCUUUUAAUCUGUA